CAGGCUCCCAGUACCUCUUUCCCCGUACCUGUGCUGCACAAAACCCUUGACUUUGAGUUCGAAAGGGAAGAACCUCAGUGUUUGUUUAUCAAAGAAAGGAUGAAACGAUUCUUCCAACCAGUUGAAAAAGAUGGAUCUCUUAAGAAGAAAUCCACUCUCACAACUUCUUCCUCACUUUCAAAAUCAGAAGAAAAAGAAGAACAAAAUGGGGAAAGUGUAGUAAUAACAGAAGAAAAAAGAGAACCUUUGAAGUUCAUAUCAUGGAAUGCAAAUAGUUUCUUGCUUCGUGUUAAAAAUAAUUGGCCAGAGUUUACUGAGUUUAUUGCAGUCUUUGAUCCUGAUGUCAUUGCUAUACAGGAAGUGAGAAUGCCUGCAGCUGGCUCUAAAGGUGGGGCUAAAAUUCAAGGAGAAGUGAAAGAUGAUACAAACUCUUCUCGGGAGGAAAAACAAACAUUGAUGCGUGCGCUUUCAAGUCCACUAUUUCGAAAUUACCAAGUUUGGUGGUCGCUAGCAGACUCAAAGUAUGCUGGGACUGCUUUAAUUGUGAAGAAGUGUUGCCAACCGAAAAAAGUCACCUUCUCGCUUGACCAAACAGCAUCCAAAAAGCACGAACCAGAUGGCCGGGUAAUUUUGGCUGAGUUUGAGUCUUUCCGAGUGCUGAAUACAUAUGUCCCAAAUAAUGGAUGGAAGGAUGAGGAAAAUUCUUUUCAAAGGAGAAGAAAAUGGGAUAAGAGAGUGCUUGAGUUUGUUUUACGGAGUUCUGAUAAGCCUUUGAUUUGGUGCGGCGACCUGAAUGUUAGCCAUGAAGAGCUUGAUGUGAGUCAUCCGGAUUUUUUUAGUAGUGCAAAGCUCAACGGUUAUGUUCCUCCUAACAAAGAGGAUUGUGGACAGCCUGGGUUUACUUUGAAUGAAAGGAACCGUUUCAGUACCAUUUUAUCCGAAGGAAAGCUGGUAGAUGCGUACAGAUCCCUACAUGAGGAAAAAGAUAUGGACAGUGGCUUCUCCUGGUCAGGAAAUCCCAUUGGGAGGUACCGGGGUAAGAGAAUGAGGAUAGACUAUUUUCUAGUUUCCGAGCCACUCAAAGAUAGGAUUGUAUCAUGUGAGAUGCAGGGCCACGGGAUUGAAUUAGAAGGAUUCUUUGGAAGUGAUCAUUGCCCUGUUACCCUAGAGCUCUCACAGAAAACUAGUAUAGAUUCUGCUGAAAGCUAGAUUUUAAUUUCUAUUUAUUUGAAUGGCAUUUGAAGACCAUAUUGAUGCCUCAAUGGCUUAUAAGAUCAUCUUCUACAUCAACUUAAGUAGAAAUUCUCUUUCAAAAAAAAAAAAAACUUAAGUAGAAAUUUUAUGUAUGUGAAUAUUUUGGUGUAUAGUAAGAAAAAUCAGCAGCUGAAAUA